AUGCCCUCCAUCCAUGACCGUGAGAAUGACCUGGCCGACGAGAAGGAGUGCAGCUCCGAGAACGUGGAGAACUAUGCCGUCGUCACCACCAUCGACAACAUUCAAGUCCUCGGUCUCCGGUCUGAAGAUGCCGACUUUUAUCGCAGCUUUCCGCCGGAGAGAAGGAAGAAGCUACUUCAGAAGAUCGACAUCAGGCUGAUUCCCAUGCUUGCCACUCUAUACCUCAUUUCUCACCUUGAUAGAGCCAAUAUCGGAAAUGCAAAGAUCCUGGGACUGACGGAAGACCUCGGCCUGAGCGGAAUUCAGUACAACAUUGCUCUUAGCCUCUUCUUUAUCCCUUAUGUUCUGCUGGAGGUUCCGAGCAACAUCCUGCUCAAGCGUUUCAGCCGGCCAUCGGCCUAUCUGGGCACCUUGAUUGUCAGCUGGGGCACGAUUAUGACGCUGACUGGUGUCGUUCAAAACUUUGGAGGGUUGUUGACCAUGCGCCUCUUGCUGGGGAUCUUCGAAGCAGGAUUCUUCCCUGGAUCCGUGUAUUUGUGUUCCCUCUGGUACAUGCCUCGAGAACUCGGCACGCGCGUGGCCUCAUUCUUCUGCGCCAGUGCGCUGUCAGGUGCGUUUUCCGGUCUUCUCGCGGCCGGAAUUGGCGAGAUGGAUGGUGUAGGUGGAUACGAGGGCUGGCGCUGGAUCUUCCUCAUUGAAGGUCUGAUCACGGUUGCUCUGGGAGUGGCAUGUUUCUUCCUGCUUAUAGAUUCCCCGCGGCUAUCGACCCGGUGGCUGGACCAGGACGAGAUUCGGUAUCUGGAGAUACAGCACUUUAUCAAGGAAGGGGGGCAGUUCAAAGAGGAGCAUGACAAGACCACAUUCAAGGACGUCUUGGGCGUGUUGAAGAACUGGAGGCUGUAUCUCGCUGCAUAUGUCAUGCUCUGCCAGUGUGCCUGCAACUACGGAACGAAAUUCACCCUCCCCACCGUAACAAAAGCAAUGGGCUUCCAAAACACCGCCGCCCAACUCAUGACGGUGCCCCCCUACAUCGCCGGCGCCCUCUCCGCAAUCCUCUUCUCCAACAUCUCUGACCGCUACAACUGGCGCUUCCCCUUUGUCGCAACGCCCCUCCUCCUAAUAAUCAUAGGGUACGCCAUAAUACUCGGCCUAAAAGGCCAGCUAGAGUCCCACGUCGGCCCAGGCUUUUUCGCCCUCAUCGUCGCAUGCAUGGGCAUCUACCCAACAUACCCAGCAACGGCCUCCUGGGCAAUCAACAACCUGGCCCCGUCGAAGCGCCGCGCAAUUGGGAGCGCGUUCAAUAUCUGUCUGGGGAAUACCGGCGGGAUUAUUGGGAGCUAUAUGUAUCUGGAUCGCGAGGCGCCGACGUAUCAGACGGGGUUUGGGCUUUCGUUGGCGUUUGGGCUUUCGGGGUUGCUUGUUGCAAGUGUUUUGGAGGUGUCGCUUGUGAGGGCGAAUAGGAGGAAUGCCGCCAUGUCGGAGAUGGAAGUUAGGGAGAAGUACACGGAUGAGCAGCUCCUGGCGUUGGGGGAUAGGUCGCCGCUUUUUAGGUACAUGCUGUGA